AAAAACAGGAAGUGGACUCUACCAUCUCCUCGGAGCCGGGGUGGGAAGGAGGGAGAAUAUAAUGCUCUAAGUAAAUGAGCUCCUCGUUGGGAACCACUGUCAAGAAAUAGUCAAUUUUAUAGAUUUAAUAAAUGUUGAACUUCUAUCUACUCCUGGCUUGUGGGUUCUCAAGUUCCCGUCCGUGUCUUCCAACUUCCCCCCACAGCUUCCUGGAUGAUAGAAGUUUCCGAAGGCCGCUGAUUCCAGAAGGUACUGUCCGGCGUUAAACUAGUCUCUAGUAAGAAAUAAGUCUCAGCGGCCCAUACUGCGCAUGCGCGAGCUUUUGCGCCCGCCCGCGAGAGCAGAGUGUGUUCUUGCUUCCGCGGUAGUUUCCGCCGGUUGCGGGAGAGUAACUGGAGUGGCUGCAUCAUGGCGUCUGUGGGGACCCUCGCCUUCGAUGAAUAUGGCCGACCUUUCCUCAUCAUUAAGGAUCAGGACCGCAAGUCUCGUCUUAUGGGACUUGAGGCCCUCAAGUCUCAUAUAAUGGCAGCAAAGGCUGUAGCAAAUACAAUGAAAACAUCACUUGGACCAAAUGGGCUCGAUAAGAUGAUGGUGGAUAAGGAUGGCGACGUGACCGUAACUAAUGACGGUGCCACCAUCUUAAGCAUGAUGGAUGUCGAUCAUCAGAUCGCCAAGCUGAUGGUCGAACUGUCCAAAUCACAGGAUGAUGAAAUUGGAGAUGGAACCACAGGAGUGGUUGUCCUGGCUGGUGCCCUGUUGGAAGAGGCUGAGCAGCUGCUGGACCGUGGCAUUCACCCCAUCAGGAUCGCCGAUGGCUACGAGCAGGCCGCCCGCAUCGCUAUCGAGUACCUGGACAGGAUCAGCGAUAGUGUCCUCGUCGACACGAAGGACACCGAGCCCCUGAUCCAGACCGCGAAGACCACGCUGGGCUCCAAAGUGGUUAACAGCUGUCACCGACAAAUGGCCGAGAUUGCCGUGAACGCCGUCCUCACUGUGGCCGACAUGCAGCGCAGAGACGUUGACUUCGAGCUCAUCAAAGUAGAAGGCAAAGUGGGCGGGAGGCUGGAGGACACCAAACUGAUCAAGGGCGUGAUCGUGGACAAGGAUUUCAGUCACCCGCAGAUGCCCAAACAAGUGGAAGAUGCUAAGAUUGCCAUCCUAACAUGUCCGUUUGAACCGCCGAAACCAAAGACGAAGCAUAAGCUGGAUGUGACGUCUGUAGAAGAUUUUAAAGCCCUUCAGAAAUAUGAGAAGGAGAAGUUUGAGGAGAUGAUUCGGCAGAUUAAAGAAACUGGCGCUAACCUAGCCAUUUGCCAGUGGGGCUUUGACGACGAAGCAAAUCAUUUACUUCUUCAGAAUAACCUGCCUGCGGUUCGUUGGGUCGGAGGCCCUGAAAUCGAGCUGAUCGCCAUUGCCACGGGCGGCCGCAUCGUCCCGAGGUUCUCAGAGCUCACGGCCGAGAAGCUGGGCUUUGCAGGUCUUGUGAAGGAAAUUUCAUUCGGGACCACUAAAGACAAGAUGCUGGUCAUCGAGCAGUGCAAGAACUCCAGAGCCGUCACCAUUUUCAUCAGAGGAGGAAAUAAGAUGAUCAUCGAGGAAGCCAAACGAUCCCUUCACGAUGCUCUGUGUGUCAUCCGGAACCUCAUCCGUGACAACCGCGUGGUGUACGGCGGAGGCGCUGCUGAAAUAGCCUGUGCUCUGGCCGUCAGCCAGGAGGCCGACAAGUGCCCGACCUUGGAGCAGUACGCCAUGAGAGCCUUCGCCGACGCUCUGGAGGUCAUCCCCAUGGCCCUUGCCGAAAACAGCGGCAUGAAUCCCAUCCAGACUAUGACCGAAGUCCGAGCCAAACAAGUGAAGGAGAUGAACCCUGCCCUCGGGAUUGACUGUAUGCACAGGGGAACAAACGAUAUGAAGCAACAACACGUCAUAGAAACCUUGAUUGGCAAAAAGCAGCAGAUCUCUCUUGCAACACAAGUGGUUAGAAUGAUUUUGAAGAUUGAUGACAUCCGUAAGCCUGGAGAAUCUGAAGAAUAAAAAAAGAAUUUAGAAUAAAAUGUAGAAGUAAGAUCCGCUACCGUGAUUAAAUAAAUGGGUGUCUCGUGAUGCAUCUGCAGUUAUUUAUUACCAUGUCCUUCAUUAGACACUGUAGGUGCUAUAGCAACAGUAGCUGUUUGGUAGCUAUAGUUUGACUUGUUCAGAGACCUGGAAUUGUAGAGAUGUGAUCUCACAGGUUUUUUGUAUUUGCUAUUAAAGGGAACUCUUUAAACAGCC